CCCUAGCUGUCAACGGCAUGGCACUACAAUAUCAUCUUGGUUGAAAAUGUACCAGCUAGCUAACAUGUGCUAUUUUGCACAAUCUUCAGAGCGCAUCUGUUGAAUCCAGAAACGCACGAUAAAGGAAGACAAGAUUUCAAGAAUAGUAACCUUCUGGAAAUGUGCGAAGGGUCUGUCUUCAUCUGAUCGGGUACGUGGCGUCGUUAUUUUAUUCCGCGUUCCAUACGACCGUUGAUAUCGGGGAAUCAGUUCAAAUUGCCUUGGAUAAUAAAGAUUAGUUUCUAUUUUUGCAAACAUCGCUCCAACGAAAGAUGAAAAUCGAAAUUGUUUUAAUCCUGAUCGCUGUUUUAAUACUGCACCACUCCUCAGCCUACCACAUUGGGUUUUUCGUUCCUAUAGCACCUCCAUAUAGCCUACAAGCAAAUGAUGGCAAGAGUUACGCGCAUGCGCUAACUAUUGCAGUCGAUGACGUCAACAACAAUUCCACGAUCCUUCCUAGUCACAAUUUGAGCUACAGUUGGACGAAUAGUUGGAAAAGUGACGCAGUCUUGCAAUCCAUGUACAGCAAGUAUAUAUCACCUUGCAACACAAGCACACCUGUAGAUGUAUUCAUUGGACCAGCUUUUGAUUGUUCAGCUCCAGCUAAAGUUGCUGAAUCCUUCAACAUACCAAUGAUAUCUUAUUAUUGCCGAGACAGCGAUCAUCCAAAAAGUAAAUACCCUCUGUUCAUCAACACCUAUCAAAACACGAAUGCCCAGGCUGCGUCGGCCUUGUUUACACUCCUGGAAUAUCAGAAAUGGAAAAGGAUUGCUAUUAUCCUUGAGGAGGAUGGUGAAUUCUGGAAAGAAUUUGAGACCAAAGUUCACAAACGAACCGCUCUUCGUGUUGUGAAAACGGUCGUGGUACCGAAGGCACAAAAAUUCAACACAUUCGGAGUAAAUUACGGGGAGUUUAAGCCCGACGUUCAAAGAAAUCGAUCAAUAGCGAAAGUACGGGAAGUAUUGAGUGACUUAGCAAACAAGGAACGGGUGAAAAUCUUUGUUCUUCUCACCUCGUUUGAUGUACUAAUCGAGAUUAUGGCCGAAGCACACGACUUGGGAUUAACAAAGAUAAAGAAGCCGCAUCGUGUCUUUAUUGGUUUUCAACUGGACGCCAAAGUACGCAGAACAAACUACGUACGACAAAGUGAAAUGUUCUUCAGCACUCAACCGACCAAUUCACUUGAUCUCAUGUAUCGGUCGAAGAGAGGAUCCAGAUCACUGCUCAUCAUUUCUGCCGCACAGCCGGUUAACAAUGAUCGUUAUGAGAAGUUUAGAAAAGAGUUGGUCAGACGAACUGAAUAUGUUGAGCCUUUUAAAUUUGAACUAGAGUAUGACUUGGUAACGAAACAAACAGAAAUUAGCGAAACAGCCAAUGCGUUGUACGAUGCUGUGUAUCAAUAUGGCUUGGUCUUGCAUCGUUUGCACGAAAGAAAUAUCAACAUCACUGCGCAAAGAGUUGUCGAGGAAUUCAGAAGCCAUUCAUAUUUAGGAAUUAGCGGUUAUGAGUCGAUAUUUACCAACGCAACUGGAAUUCUGAAAGUUCAUCUAAGCCUGUUGCAUAUGACCACGGAUACCACUUGGGCAAACGUUAAGGAUGAUUCGAAUAUAAAGACGAUAGGUAGUUUCACCACAAACCUGAAUUCGUCGAUGAAACUUACAAUCCCUAAGAAAAGCAUCGCAUGGCCUUGGGGAAAACAAUGGCCCACUGAUAUGAGGACCUGUGAAGAUGAUAAUUAUGACUGCAAAGAAGAGGAGGUCAAUGUGGCUCAGUCAAUUGUUCCAACGCUGGUCGCUGUUUUGUUUUUCAUCAUCUUUCUUGUCCUGGGCGGAUUCUUUCUCAGGCAGUGGAAACGCGAAAGAAUCCUCAAACGCUCUGUGUGGCAAAUUGAUAUAAAUGAGAUCAUUUUUGAUAGAAAGAUUUCAACCGAUUCAAAGGCUUCAAAUGACAGCGGGAUCCGUCUGACUGACUUACAGGACUAUGAGGCUUACUCAUUACUCGAGGAUACUAAGGAUUUCUUUCCCAACAACAAUGCGAUCAUGGAGGAGGGAACAGAUGUGAUGCUGAUGAAAUCUUUUUCAGCCGUCAAGAGCAUGUCUGGGAGUUACAAGGGAGAUCGAGUAUUUGUGAAAGUCCUGCCAAAGAUUGUGGAUAUUUCGAAGCCAAUGGAACGAGAGUUACGCAUGUUACGACACAUUCAUCAUGAAAACCUCAAUCCUUUCAUUGGUUUGGGUUGUGAGAACAGCUACCUCUGGGUCGUCAUGCAACUUGGUUCAAAAGGAACUUUAGAGGAAGUCCUCGCUAAUCCUGACAUCACAUUGGAUCAUCGCUUCGUCCUGUCUCUAGUCUAUGAUAUUGCCAAGGGAAUGACAUUCCUUCAUAACAGCGACAUUAAAUCCCACGGGAACUUGAAGUCCAGUAACUGUGUGGUUGACAAUCGAUGGGUUUUGAAGAUAACUGACUACGGUAUACCUGAUGUCAGGUCAAGACAGGCUAGAUACAUGGGUCCAGAUAACGAAGAUAAAAAGUUUAGAGACUUACUCUGGAAGGCACCAGAACUUUUGAGAGAAGCAGACCCACCAAUAAAUGGAACACGAAAAGGCGACGUUUACAGCUUUUCUAUAAUUUUGGAAGAAUUUCAUACGAUGAAAUCACCCUAUUCAAACAGCGAAAUUCCCGCAAGAGAUAUCGUGGAUCGUGUCGUCGAUGGGGAAUAUCCACCGUAUCGACCUGUCGUUAUCCAUUCUAUCGAGAACGCUGAACGUUUGCUGGCUUUAAUGAAAGAGUGUUGGCGAGAAGUUCCUGAGAAGAGACCAUCGUUUCAAGAAAUCAAAUAUGAUGUCGAGAGUGCCAUGACACGAUCGGGAUUGAAAACUGACAUCUGUGAUAACAUGAUAAGUUUGCUGGAGAAUUAUUCCAAUGAACUUGAGCACGUUGUCUCCCAGAGAACGAGAGAACUUCGAGAUGAAAAACAUAAAACCGACGCUUUAUUGGACAGAAUGUUACCAAGAUCUGUGGCGGAGCAACUAAAACGCGGGGAGACCGUUCAAGCAGAGAGCUUUUCAAGUGUAACGAUAUAUUUCAGUGAUAUCAUUCAGUUUACUGCAUUAUGUGCGGACAGCACCCCGAUGGAGGUUGUGGAUAUGCUCAAUGAUCUGUAUUUGUUAUUUGAUGAUAUCAUUAUGGACUACAGCGUUUACAAAGUUGAAACAAUUGGUGAUGCGUACAUGGUUGUUUCUGGUUUGCCAACGAGAAAUGGCAAGCUUCAUGCCUCAGAGAUAUCGUGCAUGGCUCUCGAGAUCCUUGAGAAUGUCAAAAAGUUUAAAGUUGGACACAAACCUGAACAUGAACUACAAAUAAGAAUUGGUAUACAUACGGGUCCCGUGGUUGCUGGUGUGGUUGGGAUGACAAUGCCAAGGUAUUGUCUGUUCGGAGACACGGUUAACACUGCCUCGAGAAUGGAGUCAAAUGGAAAAGGGCUGCAAAUUCACGUGAGUGAGUCGACUGCAGAGGUCUUGGAUGAACUAGGCGGCUUUCAUCUUAAACAACGUCCUGAAGAGGUCUACCUUAAGGGUAAAGGCAACUGUACGACAUACUGGCUUCUCGGUGCCUCGCCCGAUGUUCCACGCUGUCCUCGGAAACUCAGUAAGAAGGCAAUGAAACCUCUUUUCCAAAGUUCCGACACAAGGAAAUAUUCGCAACCGUUUCGUACCCGAAAAAAGACGCAGAUAUCAUUCCCCCGCGCUUCAGUUGCCUGAUGACGUCAGCCGUUCAUGUUCUCUCUAUCACGUGACGCCAUCACCUGUAUGACGUCAUCGUACUACGAGCUAUACACGCUUGAAAUGUGCUUUCGACAGCUGUAUACUUCAUGCAAGGAGAAAUAUAUAUAAGCAUUCUUCCAGUAUCAUUUGCUAUAUGACGUUAUCACCCAACACGUCAAGUUGCCUAGCAACAACUUUCAAAGAAAGGUCAGCAAUCGUGUAGAAAUAUCAUACUCGGUUUUCGUAUUAUCACGUGGACCUCUGACGAUAAUCACGUGGCUAUUUAUCCAGGUCUGUCGCCUGAAAUGGCUGGUUUGGCAUCCUGAAAUAAGGACAUUUGUCAGAAGAAAACUCACUCAAAGAGCAUAUUAUCGCUUUAAGAAACGAUAUGCUCAAGAGACAGAACAUUGUGGGAUAAUUUUUGCUAAUUUAAGAUUAAAUGGUUGUAAAUUUGUAAUUAAUUUUUUUGCGAUUGAGUAUUUCAAUAUAACGCUGCACAACUAAUUUGGAUGAAU